UUGCAACACGCUCAUUCUAAUCUAUUUUUCUUGCCAGUCAUUGCUGCACUGAUAUUUUUUAAACUUUAAUACAGUCUGACAAUAAGGGUACAGUUAACCCCACAUUUCUGCAAGCCAGACUAGGCCUAAUUGUAUCAUUUUUUCAAUUGCAGUUCGGUACCAGAGUACUCUUAUCUCAUUGCUGUAAAAUUCUUCAAUAAUCUGUUUUCAAUGCCGAAAGAUCUUUAUUCUCUGCGAUUGGCAUUGGUUGGUCAGAGACAGAAACAAACAGUAGGAAGUGGGAAAUCGUUUGUACGGAAUUUGGCUUGCUGGAUAAUCGCUCUUCCAGUGGCUGUGAUAACAUUUGUUCAACUGAAGAAAGCAACGGAUAGAAGACGAUUGAUUGAAUUAAGAGAAAUUCAACGAAUUAACCGUUCCUCUGAACCUAGCACAGAGUUAUAAGAUAAUUGUAAAUAAGAGUAGAUUUAUGUGGCAUCAAUCAUGAACUCUAUACGGAGGUUACAGAUUAUUUCAAGGCAUUUGUGCAACAGUACUAGGUCUCAACUAUUCAACCUAAGUCGGCGACGAACAGGAUUUACAAGUUUUCCAAUAUUGAGGCAGAUGUCUUCAAACUCUGACGAUGAAGUCAUUUUUGAAAGAUUCGGGACUAAAGGUGUAAUAACAUUGAAUCGACCUAAAAGUUUAAAUGCACUCAACUUGAGCAUGGUCAAUAAAAUCUACCCAAAGCUGAAAGAAUGGGAAGAAAAUCCAGAAACAACAAUGAUUAUUAUGAAAGCAUCUGGUGAAAAAGCAUUUUGCGCUGGAGGGGAUAUCUUGAGUGCUACAGGUGCUGGGACAGCAGGGUCUGAAUUUUUCAACAAGGAAUAUGUAUUGAAUCACGCCAUUGGUACAUGCUUGGUUCCAUAUAUUGCAUUUAUAGAUGGAAUAACAAUGGGUGGGGGAGUGGGGUUGUCAGUCCAUGGACAAUUUCGUAUUGCAACUGAGCGUACUCUCUUUGCAAUGCCAGAAACAGCCAUAGGUUUAUUUCCAGAUGUUGGUGGUUCCUAUGUUUUACCUCGCCUUGGACACUCACUCGGUCUUUAUCUAGCACUAACUGGAUUUAGAUUAAAAGGAAGAGAUGUGUAUAAGUCUGGAAUUGCUACUCACAUGGUUGACAGUGAAAACCUUCCUAAAGUUGAAAUGGAUUUGUUAGCAUUGGAAAAUCCUAGUACUCAGGAUAUUAUGGAUCUCUUACGCAGGUACCAUCUUGAAUGUAAAACCGGUAGAGAAAGAGAUUUUAUUCUUGCCGAUAAGUUAGAUGACAUUAACAGAUUGUUUGCUGGUGAUACGAUGGAAGAAAUCUUUCAGAAUUUGGAGAAUGAGGGAACACAAUGGGCUAAACAACAGUUGGAAACAUUAAGGAAAAUGUCUCCGACUUCUAUGAAAGUAACUUUGCGUCAGUUAACUGCAGGAGCUGAUCUUGAUCUUCCAGAAUGUUUAAUAAUGGAGUCAAGGAUUGCAAGGGGUUGUCUUAGAAACCAUGAUUUCUAUGAAGGUGUUCGUGCAGUGUUAGUAGAUAGAGAUCAUUCACCGAAAUGGCAGCCUGAUACCUUGGAAGGUGUAACUGAUGAUAUUGUUGAAGAUCAUUUUUCAUUGAUUGAAGGAGAUACAGACCUUGAACUAUAAUGUCUUAAACAUUCAUCAUACUUUUUCAAUUGGCUUUGUACGAGUAUGGUAUGAGCCUUGUUAUUAGGCAAUUGACUGACCGGUUUGUGGUUCAGGUUCAUGGACACAGGCCUAAUUCGAGGGUGUCCGCAGCUGAUUAAUUUACUUUUUUAAUGCAUUCUCAAAAUGUCGUUUUUUAAAUUUAAUAUAAACACCAAAUAUUCAAAAAGUCGAGUUGUUCUAUUAUCUGUAUUAUAAGCUAAAACUAGUAAUGUUACAAUGCUUGAAACAUAUUUAGUGGACUUGGUAACUAUUGUAGACACUCAAAAAUUAGAUAUAUUCCAAAUUUAGUGUUGAGUGAAUGUAAAAUGCAAAGAUUAAUGUGCAUAAUGCAACACCUUGGGUCAGUUCCAAUAAGCCAUUGAUCCAUGUUUCCAUUUGUUAAGCUGUACUAAUCUUGUUCUAAUGAAUUUUUCAAUAUGAAUAAGCAUGCAAAUUUUGAACAUGCCAAGUAUUGUGUUUUGUUCAGGGCUAGUUGUUCUGAACAACAACUGAAACUCGGAAUCUAGUUCUGAUUUUCUAUUGCCUUGCAUAGCCUUUUUAAAUAUGAUCGUACUGGAGAUAUUCUUAUUCAGAUGAUGGCUAUACCUGUUGCAAUAACUGCUGAGAUGCUCAUUUGAUUUCUGGCCAUGUUGGAUUAAUUGUAUAGAGAGACCACUUGUGAUAUACACUGUAACUUGUAAUUUAAAGCCCUUUUUAAUUCUGCAUUAUAAUUUUUGUGGCGACACAACAUCUGUUCAUUUUAUUUACAAAAUCAAAAAUUUUUUAUUGAAA